AUGGCAUCAGUUCAAAAUGCGGGCGACGCGGUGGCCAGAAUCGCCUAUCUGGCUAGCGACCUCGUCCUCUCAGUGCAACCCUCCCUGCAGGGCGACUCACUCUUCUCAAAGUCGCUGAAGACUCUCAAGUCAAACAAGACUCCCAGCGCAGUGUCAAGGGGUACCACCGAGAAGGAUAUCCCUAACAGAUUGAUCAGGUGCAAGCCGUGCGGUAUAACGAGGACCCCCCUUCUGUCUACCUUCUACCCUUUGCAAAAGGGCGAGAACGUCUCUGUUGUCACCGGCUCUUCUAUCCUGAUUUCAUCUGUUCCUCACCUCUACCGCCUCGCCAACUUCCCUGUGGUCCUCCACGUCGCCCUGGAGCCGUCCCCAUUCCCCGAUUAUUCCGUGAUUAGCUCCAUCCGGCAAUGCGGCUUCACAUUCCUGCACUCGGAGACCGUUCAGGAGGCCCAAGACAUUGCCCUCACUGCUCAUGCUUUAGCUCUGAAGUCUGGAAAGGGUGUUAUUCACUUCUUCGACCCCGCCAACUCCACUAAAGACUCUGCCGUUGCCACCGAGGAUGUCGAGGUCGUCAAGAAGAUCCUAAACCUGGCUGGCAAUGCUGCUACCCACACCACUGGUGCGGAGACUCUGUACACCGAGUCUGGCCGUCAGGCUACCGUUUCCGCCGAGGGAUCGCAGGCCAUCCCCGCCGGCCAGGGAGAGGCACCUGCCACCUUGGCUGUCCCUUCUCAGGCCCAGACUCCUUCCAUUAGUGUCGAGAACUCCUCCGUUGGCUCCUCGCGCCGUGAUAGUAUCGCUGGAAGCGAGGCCCCUAGCUCGACUGCCACCACUGUGGAUAACUCCAGUGUUCGCUCUGUCAACGCUGCCGAUAUCUUCGAGUGGACUUCUCAGAUCUGGACCGCUCUGUCUAAGGAGGUUGGCCGCACUUAUAAUGCUAUUGAAUAUACCGGCCCUGCAGAUGCUAAAUCUGCUGUGUUCGUCUUUGGCUCUACCGGAGUCUUCGUGGAUGCCCUCUCCAACCCCGGUGCCGCUGAGCUUGAGAACGUUGGUCUCAUCACUGCCCGUGUCUACCGCCCAUGGGUUGGUGGCCAGAUUGUUAGCUCCAUCCCUACCUCGGUGGAGAAGAUUGCUGUUUUGGAACAAGUUCGCAAGACCACCAAGUGGGGUCCCGCUUUCAUGGAUCUUCUUUCCAGUGUGACGCCCUCCAAUGUCCGUGCUCAGACCCUUAAGGUUGUUGGAUAUCGUCUUGGAUAUGUUGAGCCCUCAACAGCUGUCCAGGCUCUCCGAGGAAUUCUCCAGAACCUGGAAUCGUCUUCUCCCAUCCAGAACCUUGACAUUGGUAGCCCCCAUGUUCCUUCCACUGAGCAAGCUCUCGAGCAGCCCCACGUGGAGAAUGCUUACCUCAAGAUUCUCCACCAGCUUUUUGGUGAGCGCCUCUAUAUCGCCAACCAGCUUGGCGCCAAGACCGCCGGUAUCUCUUCCACUAUCGCCGCCAGCCCCGAGUACGGUUUUGGUUCCUUGAUCGCCCGUAAGGAGCACCGCAAGCGCUUCAUUCGUGAAGUUGAGGAGGCUUCUAAGUCCUCCAGCUUCGCUACUGAUGUUCCCCAAUCCUGGUUGUCACGAUGGGCUUUGAACGUGAACGAGGCCGCUAAGGCCAACAAGAUUGCCCCCGAUGUCAUCGCUCGCCUCUCUAACGAUGGCUCUCAGCUAUCUCGCCAGCUGCUGCAGUCCAAGAAGCUUUUCUUUGAGGAGUCUCAGUGGCUCGUGGGCUCUGAUGCUUGGGCUUACGAUAUCGGAAACUCUGGUGUUCACCACGUUCUCGCUUCUGGCGCCAACGUCAACAUGUUGAUCAUUGACUCGCAGCCUUACUCUGAGCGUACUGCGGCGGACCCCACUCGUCGCAAGAAGGACAUUGGUCUCUAUGCUAUGAACUUCGGCAAUGCUUACGUUGCCUCCACUGCUGUCUACGGCUCCUACACCCAGGUGCUGCAGGCUAUGGCCGAGGCUGAGCAAUUUAAGGGUCCAUCCGUCGUUGUCGCUUACCUGCCCUACCACCAGGAGAACGACUCUGCUCUCAGCGUCCUCCAGGAGACUAAGAAGGCUGUUGACCUCGGCUACUGGCCUCUGUACCGCUGGAACCCCGAGAACGAGGAGAAGGGUGAGCCUAAGUUUGCUCUUGACUCCGAACGCAUCAAGCGUGAGCUUGAGGAGUUCCUUCGUCGGGACAACCAGCUCACCCAACUCAUGAACCGCCACCCGAAGUUCUCAUCUGCUCUGUCUGCCUCUUACGGUACCGAGGUUCGUGCCCUGCAGAAGCGUCAGGCCAAGGAUGCCUAUGAGAAGCUUCUGGAGGGUCUCUUCGGAGCUCCCUUGACCAUUCUCUUUGCCUCUGACGGUGGUAACGCGGAGAACAUCGCCAAGCGUCUGGGUAACCGCGGUCGUGCUCGUGGCCUGAAGACCACUGUCAUGGCCAUGGACGAUUUCCCCAUUGAGGAUCUGGCUACCGAGGAGAACGUUGUUUUCAUCACCAGUACUGCCGGCCAGGGUGAAUUCCCCGUGAACGGCCGCGGUCUGUGGGAGCACGUCAAGAACUCUGGAGACUUGGACCUGUCGACCAUCAACUACUCCGUCUUUGGUCUGGGUGACAGCCACUACUGGCCCCGUAAGGAGGACAAGAUCUACUACAACAAGCCCGCCAAGGAUCUGGACGCUCGUGUUGCUUUCUUGGGUGGUCGCAAGCUUGCCGACAUCGGCCUUGGUGAUGACCAAGACCCUGAUGCUUACCAGACUGGUUACUCUGAUUGGGAGCCCCGUCUUUGGCAAUCUUUGGGUGUCGACAAGGUCGAGGGCCUGCCCGAGGAGCCUGCUCCUUUGACCAACGAGGACAUCAAGAUCCAGUCCAACUACCUGCGUGGUACUAUUGAGGAGGGUCUCGUUGACGAAAGCACUGGUGCUAUCUCGGCCAGCGAUGCUCAACUGACCAAGUUCCACGGUACAUACAUGCAGGAUGACCGUGACAUCCGCGAUGAGCGCAAGGCCCAGGGUCUGGAGCCCGCCUACAGCUUCAUGAUUCGUUGCCGUCUCCCUGGUGGUGUCGCUACCCCCAAGCAGUGGCUCCAGAUGGAUGCUAUCAGUAGCUCCCAUGGUAACGAGACCAUGAAGCUCACUACCCGCCAAACCUUCCAGUUCCACGGUGUCAUUAAGAAGAAGCUCCGCGGUGCCAUGCGCGCUAUCAACCAGUCUCUCAUGGAUACGAUCGCUGCCUGCGGUGAUGUCAACCGUAACGUUAUGUGCAGUUCUCUUCCUGAGCUGUCCGAGUUCCACCGCGAGACCUGGGCUUUCUCCAAGAAGAUCAGCGAGCAUCUUCUUCCCUCCACCACCGCCUAUCACGAGAUCUGGUUGAAGGAUGAGAACGACAAGAAGGUUCAGGUUGCUGGUGAUGCCAUUGUUGACCACGAACCUCUCUACGGCGCCACCUACCUGCCCCGAAAGUUCAAGAUCACAAUUGCCAUUCCUCCCCACAACGACACCGAUGUCUAUGCUCACGAUAUCGGUCUGAUCGCCAUCAAGGGUGCUGACGGACACCUGGAAGGUUUCAACUUGCUUGCCGGUGGUGGUAUGGGUUCCACACACAACAACAAGAAGACCUACCCCCAAACUGGUCGCAUGUUUGGUUUCGUCCCGAAGGACCAAGUCCACAUUUUCUGUGAGAAGAUUAUGCUCGUGCAGCGUGACAAUGGUGACCGCAAGAACCGUAAGCACGCCCGUAUGAAGUACACCAUUGACGACAUGGGUGUCGAUGUCUACAAGGCUGAGGUCGAGAAGCGUAUGCCGGAUGGCCUGCGCUUCGCUGAGGCUCGUCCCUUCAAGUUUGCCUCAAACGUCGACACCUUCGGCUGGUUGAAGGACGAGAAGGGAUUGAACCACUUCACUUUCUUCAUUGAGAACGGCCGUAUCGAGGAUACUGCUGAGUUCGCCAUGCGCGCUGGUCUUCGUGAGCUGGCUGAGCUUGGCAAGGGAGAGUUCCGUCUCACCGGUAACCAGCACUUGAUCAUCUCCAACAUCACCGAUGAGGAUCUUCCCACCAUCAAGGAGGUCAUGGCUAAGUACAAGCUGGACAACACCGCCUUCUCUGGUCUGCGCCUGUCCUCCUCUGCCUGUGUCGCCUUCCCGACUUGCGGUCUCGCUAUGGCCGAGUCUGAGCGCUACCUUCCCGUCCUUAUCUCUAAGCUUGAGUCCACCCUCGAGGAGAACGGUCUGGCCCGCGAUUCGAUUGUCAUGCGUAUGACUGGUUGUCCCAACGGUUGUGCCCGCCCAUGGCUCGCUGAGGUUGCCUUUGUUGGUAAGGCCUACGGUGCCUAUAACAUGUACCUGGGAGGUGGCUACCACGGUCAACGUUUGAACAAGCUCUUCCGCUCUUCCAUCAAGGAGGAUGAGAUCCUGGAGAUCAUGAAGGACUUGCUCAAGCGGUACGCCCAGGAGCGCAACACUGACGGCGAGACUCCCGAGCGCUUCGGUGAUUUCUGCAUCCGCGCCGGCGUCAUCAAGGCUACCACCGAUGGACAGAACUUCCACGCUGAUGUCGCCGAAGAGGAUGAGGAGGAUGAGGAGUAA